CAUGGCACGAUUCCGAUUACUUUGGCGGAGGGGUAAAAAACUGAAUUUCCGUAUAAAUGGGGUAUGUGCGGAUAGGGGAACUUCUCCAGAGGAUAGAGGAAUUUUUACGAAAAAGAGGUAUUUCAGCGAAUUACCUUAUUAUCACAUGGCAGCGCUCCAUUUCGUUGUAAUUUUUGGUAAACAAAUGAGGUUCAAACGAGUGUAAAAUGUAAUUUUUAAAAUAAAGAUUUUUAGGUAAAAAAACUGCUAAAAGUGAAAAAUGUAGAUUUAUUUAAAAAUUAUAGUGCAAUUUAAUUAAUUUGAAGUGAAAAAUGUGAGCAAAGUGUGUUUAAUGUGGUAAAAUAGCUUGUUGAAAUGUUCGAAUUUUGGGAAUUUUUGAACUUUCAGGUCGAAUAUCUCGUAAACUAAGUGUUUGCGGUACCUAGAAUUGUUAAUUGAGGUAAUGCACCGCGACCUAGGGUCUAUUGUGCCCUCCACGGUACCUAUAACCCCAUAUAUUUUUUAAUCGGGAGGACUUCCUCUUUCCAACGGUACCUUCAAAUCGCGGCGCCAAAGAAAUCGGAAUUGUGCCAAUUUCUUUUUCCAAAACUCAGAAAAACCACUUAACAGCGGCUGAUAUACACAUUUAGUUUAUGCUUUAAAAAAUCAGCUUUUGUAGUUAUUUUAUUUAAUCAAUAACAAAGGUAAUAGCAGUUCAAUUCAAUUGCACCUCACAGCGAAAAUGAUGCAGUAACAAACCCAAAAAUAUACUUUUGAAGGGCAUAGUCAAAAUUUUAGUUUGAGUAACACCUUGUGAGAUACCUCUUACUAUCUAUAACUGCGUUCAUACGUUUCAGAAUGGAUUCCACCGGAUUCUUUGUGUAGCUAGAUGCAAUUUUGUUUCAUUCCAUUUUAAAGCGGUUUUAUUUCGAAUCUAUCAAUCCAAAACUGACCACAGAUUCAUUCUCAAUUCCACUCAAAUCAGGAAACAGUGUUGGUGUUUGUACUAAGUGCGGACAGUUUCAAAUAAGCCAGCUUUGCUCGGGAUUUGUGUUUCGGAUCAUGAUCUUCAUAGUACCGAAUUUGCUCCACUUUGUGGCAAAUUUUGUUUCAAAAUGUCCAGAAACACACUGUUGAUCAUAAAACUAUCGGUAAAUUCCAAAUUCUCGCGUACAGAAAAUGACCACGUUUCUAUUAUGUAUACGUUGCUUCGUAGAUUUUGCGGUUGUACCUCAGCAUUUGCUUUUCUCCAUACAUAGGCUGUUUCCAUCCGAUCUAAACAAGUUGAACUCUCAUCUACAAAAAUUGUCGGUAUUCCAGAAGCUUUCAUUCUUAUAUGUUCUUCGACUUUUAGCAUUUAUGUGUGGUUUAUUUCGGGCUGUGUGGCCAUUGAAAUCAGCUUCCCUGAACACUUCUUAUGGUUUAUAAAGAGCCGAUAUCUUUUUAUUCGUCUGUGAGCUUACAUUUCGAAAACUGCAGUUAGCAUAUUACCAGACACGGACGUCAACGCGCCACCAAAGUUGCCAAGAAGGAAAGUUAAAUAACUAGUAAUGGCCACGAGUUCUUCCCAAGCACUUGCUCUUCAGAGAAACUCCAGUGAGCAGAACCAUUUCAUAGAGAAAUUAAUGACGAAAAUAUUUAACUUCUACGACGAGCAGUCUCUGAUCGAUGUGACAUUUAAAGUUUCAAACCCAACGGCUCUUGUACCCGCGCAUCGUUUGAUACUCGCAGCAGCGAGUCCUGACUUCGAGAACCUUUUCAAUGGCAAUCAAAGCACUAAUCCAGUCAUCGAGAUAAAUGAUAUCGAUAGCGAUAUUUUUGAGCAUCUAAUAAUCUUUUGUUACACCGGACAGGCCCUCAUUACCGUUAACAAUCUCGCUGCCAUGCUAAAUGCGGCUAUCGUUUUACAAUUGAACGAUGCCAAAAACCAUAUUGUGGACUAUCUCAUGGCACAUAUCGAUGAAUACACUUUGCAGGGCGCUUAUACGCUGGAGCGUGAAAUGAAAUGUGAACUUCUUACGCAGAAAAUAAUCGAAUACGAGACACAGCAUUUCAUGGUGGUCAGCCGAAGCGAUGAGUUUUUGAAUUUUGAUGUAGAAAAACUGCAACGUAUCCUGGUAUCUGACAAUUUGAAUAUAACCCGUGAGGAAGAUGCCUUCGAUGCCAUACAACGCUGGUACAAUUACGAUGUUCCUGCGCGUCAAGAGCAACUGCCACUUUUAAUAGCUUGUCUCCGGCUUAACCAAUUCAAUGUGAAUUUUCUGAUGACAUAUAUACAGCCGUUGCCUGGAUGUGAGCUACUGGCCUUCAAGGCGUUAUCGUGGAUCAGAGAACCUACAACACGGCCAAUGAUAAAUAUGCGAUUUACAGAACCACGUGGGGUCAGUGCUACAAAUUGUGGUGAGAAAACAAUCCUAGCGCUUUGCUCAGAUCCCUCAGAGGUGAAUCCCAAGCUGCUGCAAUAUAACAAAACUGAGGAUAAGUGGCAGGAAUAUGCGAGUAUAAACAUCGAUUACGAACUAUAUAGAACUAUUUUAAAGGAUGAUAAUUUAUUAUUUAUUGGCGGUUUUAAAAAUCGUGCCCCAUAUAACAUCGCCCGCAGCUGGAAUAUACGAAAUAAAACAUGGCAAAAUUUACCCGCCAUGAUCCAAGCACGAUGGGGGCACUGUGUUGUCGAAUUAGAUAAUAAAAUCUACGCGAUUUGUGGUUUUGAUGGUAAUAAUUAUCUGUCGUCGGUGGAAAGAUAUACGACAUCCGAUGGUUGGAAGUUCGUGAACAGCUUAAUUAUUGGACGAUAUGACGCAGGUGCAGUGACAUUAAAUGGUAAAAUUUAUAUAAUGGGCGGUUAUAAGGGCCUUGGGCCAUUAAAUCAAUUAAAAUCCGUCGAAUGCUACAAUCCGGAUUCAAAUACUUGGACUUCUUGUACGGAUAUGACAAAAAGUCACAGUUCACCUGGUGUUGCUGCACAUAAAGGUCACAUUUAUGUUGUAAGCCUUAACGGUGUUGAACGGUACGAUCCUCAGCAAGGCAUAUGGUCACAGAUUUGCUCUUUGAAAGUAAGUUCUGGUUGGGUGACUUGCGUAUCACUAGACAAUAAACUAUGGGCUAUUGGUGGCAAGUCUAAAUCUGCUGACAAGUCAUGUGUAUCAGUCUUUGAUGAAGAAAAUUCCUGUUGGGUAGAAAGGUGCUCAUUACCCAGAAGUGAUGUGCGUAACUGUUUUGUUGUGCCUGAAUCCUUGCUGUCGUCGAUGUGAAUAAAUAAUGUAAUUAUUGUUCCGUUUAUCGAUUUAACAACUUCGUUUAAAAUAAAU